AUGUAUCUGACGCGCGAUCGCUACAAUAUGACGCCAUCUGAAGUCGCUUCAUCCUCGCUGCUUCAUCGCAUCAUCCUCGACGCUGCUAACAAGCUGGCUGCUGAAGAGAAGAAGAUAAUGGAGAUGAUGAAGAAAAAACAGAAGCUACAGAAAGAUCGGCACAGGCGCUUGAAGUUAGAGGCACAGACCUCAUCGACGUUGUCGUCGUCGUCGUCACUCUCAUCGUCACACUCGUCACUUCAUCUGAAUGCAGAUUCCCCCAAUGUCACCCAUCACCUCACCUCGUCACUGUCAUCAACAUCUCCAGCUCGCCAUAGUAAAAACAGCACCACAAACUACAACAAUAACAUCAAUAACACUAACAAUAAUAAUUACAGUAAUAAUAGUGAUAAUAAUAAUGCAGCAGCAGCCGAUGUGAUGGUUAGGAAUGGUUUCAUCACGAGACUAAUCAGUAAUGAUAAUGAUCUUCCGAAGAGGAAUAAAGCACUCGUUUGUGGCGGUGAUGGUGGUGGUGGUGGUGGCGGUGGUGGUGGCGGCGGUGGUGGUGGUGGCGGUGGAGGUGAUUACGACGAUGAUGACAGUAUUAAAUUUUUUAACAACAACAACAACAACUUUAAUAAUAAUCAUAAUAAUAAUAGUAAUAAAAAUUUCAACAAUUGUAACAACAGCAGCAACAAGAAUAAUAAUAAUUCUAAUAAUAAUAAUGUUAGUAAUGCUGAUGAGGAUAAUAAUUACAUGGGCAGACACCACAACCUCUGUGAUAGUUGUCAUUACGUCUAUCACAAUCCUUCUCAAGCUCAUAACAUCAACGACAGCAGAAAUCACAUCAAUAACAGUAACAAUAACAUUAAUAAUAAUAAGCUACAAAGAAAUUUAAAUAAUAAUAAUAAUAACAAGAACAUUGUGAACGACGAUUACUUAAUAACAUCCAGCAGGCCUAGUUCUCUCCAUACACAUCAUGGCAACAGCGUCUUAACUUUGUCUUAUAACUCCGCCUCCGAACACGUCACUAUAACAAGUGGCCAUCCAUCCUCCGUCCAAUCGAGAUUAGAUCUCUCAUCCAUUCAAUCAGAGGCGAGAAGAAAUCCCUCCUCUAUCCAAUCAGGGUCGAGAAGAGGGCACGAGAGUAAAGUUGAAGGGCGAGGUCAUUGUGUUAGAGGUCAGGAUGACGUAUUUAAUGACGGGAGCGAUCAUUUUGAUCACGUGACGCCGAGAAGCGAUGACGUUGGUGAUGUUUGUGGAGAGGAUGAAGGUCUAAAAUGUAGAAAUUGUAACAUCAUACAAAAGGAAGGAGAAGACAAAGACGGUGGAAAUAAUGUAAGGAAUAAUAAUGAGGUUGAUGUGGAUGCCGAUGAUGAAGAAGAUGAAGAGGAAAAGGAUAAACGCAAUAGAGAAUCUGUACUUAGUCAGAAAAAUGAAUUUGAGUUGAAGGCCAUUCCGUGCCAUCCACUCUGCCAGUGCAGCAAGUGUAGGAGGAUAAACAUUAUACCUCCUCUUUGA